ACUGUCUACAUACCGGAGAAGACGGAUCUCACUGCCUUUAAAUAGUGCAGUUCAGCUGCAAUGUUUAUUACUAGUGUACAGGACUUCACAUGACGUUGUGACGUUACUUGUACCAUUUUAAGGCAGUAUACUGGCGUAUAACGCACCGGAUUUUUAACGUUUACAAGUCCCUCUGCACACAACCUUCUCGGGUAGUUUCUCGGCGUUUGCUACUGGUUUUUAUUUAACAAUCGUUAUGGACAGCAAGAAACGAUCGCGAUCUGCAGAUGCCGUAGGUGUCGGAGCGAAGCGGUCGCGACAGACAGGUAGACACGUAGCCGCGUUGAUUUUAGCGAGAGGCGGCAGCAAAGGAAUCCCGCUGAAGAACAUUAAGAUGCUAGCCGGGGUACCCCUCAUCGGAUGGGUGCUGAGGGCUGCCUUGGACGCCGAUAUGUUUGACAGUGUGUGGGUAUCGACUGACCACAAUGAUAUCGAGAAAGUGGCUAAGUCCUUUCCCAAUGUCCAGGUGCAUCGGAGAAGUACAGAAGUUUCCAAAGACUCUUCUUCAUCUUUGGAAACCAUUCAGGAGUUCCUGGAUAAGCACCCAGAGGUGGAUGUGAUAUGUAACAUCCAGGCUACGUCCCCGUGCCUCCACCCGUUCCACGUCAAGGAAGCCGUAGAGAUGAUCACACUGCAAGGCUUCGACUCAGUCUUCGCUGUGGUCAGGAGGCACCAGUUCCGCUGGCAGGAGAUCAAAACAGGAUCUGAUGAGGUUACGAAGCCGUUGAACCUGGAUCCAGCCAAUCGACCGCGGCGCCAGGACUGGGACGGGGAGCUGUGUGAGAACGGCUCCUUUUACAUCACUUCCAGGGACCUCAUUGUGAACCAUGGCCUUAUGCAGGGUGGUAAGCUUGCUUAUUAUGAGAUGCUGCCCGAGUACAGUGUGGACAUAGAUGUGGACAUAGACUGGCCUGUGGCAGAGCAGAGGGUUCUGAGGUAUGGUUACUUUGGUCGUGCGACGCCGGAGGUGGUUCGCCUCAUGUUCUGUAACGUUUCUGGAUGUUUGACAGACGGAAAGAUCUUCAUCUCUGCAUCUGGAGAGGAGAUGGUAUCUGUCAACACCAGAGACAAGAAUGGUAUCACCAUGCUGCAGGGAGAACAAGUGGAGGUCGUGCUGUUGAUCUCCAGGGAUGACCCUGUGGUCCAGUCGUUGGCUAACACACUGGCCAAAAGGUUUGGUUGCCAGGUCCAGGAGGUGGGAGCAGAGCCGCUGGAGGAUGUGCAACCAAUUGUGACAGAGAAGAACCUGGAAUGGAAGGAUGUGGCCUACAUGGGCAAUGAUAAAGCAGACAUCAAAUGUCUGAACCUGGCAGGGUUGAGCGCAGUUCCAGGAGAUGCUCCAGUGGUAGCUAUCAAUGCAGCAAAGUACACAUGCCACAGUGUUGGGGGAGCGGGCGCUAUCAGAGAGUUUGCCGAACACAUUCUCCUCCUGAAGGAAAAGGCCAAAUCGCAUAUGAAGCAGCUUUGACCGCAACGAUUCGUAAUUUGACAGCAGAAUUUGCAACUGUUCUCCAGCACCCUUUAGAAUUACUGUGAUUUACACUCAUAUAAGAAAUCAGCCAAACAUUGCAUAUCUGUAUUAGGAAUUUUGUAUAUUUAAAAAGAUGCAGUGGUUAUAGUUAUUUUAAUCCAUCAAAGUCUAAAAUAGAUAACAUUCGGAUAACAUUUCAAUUAGGGAUGUCCCCAGUACAGCACUCGUGUACUUGUAAAACAGCUCUCAUACAGCCACACCUGAUACCAGUUUACUGUGUGGUAUUGUACUCCAUCUAUUCUCAGAGAGUCAAUUCAAUUGACUUCAGUUUUAUUUAUAUAGCACCAAUAACAAUACAAAUUGUCUCAAGACGCUUUACAAAAACUGGCCUGCAACCUCCAGAGCAAGCCUGAGGGCGACAGUGGCAAGGAAGAACUCCCUUUUAACGGGAAACCUUGAGCAGAACCCAGCUCAUAUGGAGGGACACAUCUGCUAAAUCUCAUAUCAGCAGUUCACUUCAGCCUACUCCCAUCUGGAAGACACUCAGAUGCAACUGCAUUCUUACUUUUCUCCUGCUCCUUGCAUAUUUAUUUAGUAUGGUGGAUUAAAAUAACUAUUAAAAUUCACAGAUUUUUUUGAAUAUGGCAACAAAGCAAAGGAACUCACCAGUCAGUACUAAAACCAGCACACUAUUCGGGAAACUGCUGUAGUUCUCUCUAAACUUGAACACUACAACCAAAUCUAUGAAGAGUAUGGAAUGUUUUCUUUCUUUUUACCUAACCUUUUCAUUUCACUCAGACUUUGGCUUCUAAACUUGGCUUUGGCUUAUUGGUAUAUUAUAUAUAUACUGAUUUUAUUCUUUCAGUGUGGUAUCAAGUGAUGUUGUUAUUUUACAAAUGAUUUGUGUGAGUUUUUUUUAUGUUUGGUAAUAGGAGCUACCUAAUAUAUCUCUGCAAGGACACUUUUUCUUAAAGCAAUAAUUGUACAUCCAGCUUCAUUGUUGCCUUUAAAAACAAAAUCUACAAAGAAGGCUUACCUUGCAAGGACACAAGCAGUACACCUGAUUUACAAAUGAUUAAACAUGCAUCACACAAUUGUUUUGUGUAAGUGUUUAUUUGUUGAAUAAACCUGAGACUUGAAUCAA